CAAAUCACGGUCCGGGAGAGGGGCGAGCAAAUGAGUUCCUAUUUUGUGAAUCCCACUUUCCCUGGGAGCCUGCCCAGUGGCCAGGACUCUUUCCUCGGGCAGAUCCCCCUUUAUCCGGCGGGCUAUGAUGCUCUGAGGCAUUUUCCGGCUUCUUACGGGGCAAGCAGCCUGCAGGACAAGACUUACACCUCACCUUGUUUUUACCAACAGUCCAACACCGUCAUUGCUUGCAAUCGGGCUUCCUAUGAGUAUGGAGCCUCUUGUUUUUAUUCGGACAAGGAAAUUAGUAGCGCCUCUCCCUCCGGCAGUGGCAAACAGAGGGGGCACGGGGACUAUCUGCACUUUUCUCCCGAUCAACAAUACAAAUCGAGCAGCGUGCAAACCAAAAUUGUAAAUGACGAAGGCACCGACCGGAAGUACACGAGUCCUGUUUACCCCUGGAUGCAGCGGAUGAACUCCUGUGCUGGUACAGUAUAUGGAUCUCACGGGAGACGAGGGAGGCAAACUUACACCAGAUACCAAACGCUAGAGUUAGAGAAGGAAUUUCAUUUUAACAGAUACUUAACCAGAAGACGACGUAUUGAGAUUGCAAACGCUCUCUGCCUUACUGAACGCCAGAUUAAAAUAUGGUUUCAAAACAGGCGGAUGAAAUGGAAAAAGGAAAACAAAUUCAUAAAUUCCGCACAGCCCAGCAGCGAAGAAACAGAGGAAAAGUCAGGGGAGUAGAAUCAUAUUUAAUAAACGCUACCAGGCCUUUCCUUAGCGCUUACUAUUCUCACUAUUAUGUACCUUGUGUUCCUUCGGCUACUAAAAUCCUAUAGGUUUGUCACAGUCUAUUAAUUCCCCAAAGGCUUGGCUAAAAGAUAUACAUUUACAGUCAACUGUGACUUUCUUUAAUAUAUGUAGAAGUCUAAGCUUUCGAGCUGUGUCGUGUAUAUAUAUAACCACCUUUCCAAAGCAUAGAUGGCUUUGCUUAAAGUAUUUGAGAAAUGGCUCAGAUUUUUAAAUAUUUGAAGUGAGCAUCUGUGUGCGGGUGAGUGUCCAUGGCAUGUCUGUGUGAGAACAGAUAAGGGAGUGAUUUUGUUGUUGUUUGUUUUUUAAUUAGGAAUGUUCAUAUUGUAGAAAUACGAGAAAUUUUAGAAAAUCUUGGUUUUACAUUUUCACUAAUUCCGGCUAUGCCGGGCCGUCUCGUGUUGUGUUUGGGAGCUUAUAGUUUGUAGGGGGAAAAAAAAAGUUUUACACAUGUAUAAGCAUUUAAAUCGCAAAAAGAAGAAAAUUUCUUUAAAAAAAUCGUUAUAUAAAAAUAUGAGUAUGAACUUGCAGUUAAAGCAAAGGUGAAUCGCAGGGAGAUUUUUAAAUGCCGCUAAACUGUCUAAUCUGCACUACGAGUAUUAAAGUAAAAACUCGC